CGCAGACGUGCGCGUGGAGCAGUGCUACAUGCGCUGGGACGAGGACGAGUGCACGGAGCCGCUGCCGGGCAAGUUCCGCAUGGACAUGUGCUGCUGCUCCGUGGGCUCGGCCUGGGGCUCGGACUGCGAGGAGUGUCCCCGGCCCGGCUCCAGCGAGUACAAAGCCAUCUGUCCCCGCGGGCCMGGCUUUGCCAACCGCGGCGACGUGCUCUCGGGACGGCCCUUCUACAAAGAUGUGAACGAGUGCAAGGUGUUCUCGGGGCUGUGCACCCAUGGCACUUGCAGGAACACCAUCGGCAGCUUCAGGUGCAUCUGCGGCAAUGGCUUCGCUCUGGACGCCGAGGAGAGGAACUGCACAGUGUGCCGCAAUGGCCGCUGUGUCAAUGUCAUCGGCACCUACCAGUGCUCCUGUGACUCGGGCUUCCAGGCCACGCCCGACAGGCAGGGCUGUGUGGACAUCGACGAGUGCACCAUCACCAACGGCGGCUGUGACACCCACUGCUCCAACUCCGAGGGCAGCUACGAGUGCAGCUGCAGCGAGGGCUAUGCUCUCAUGCCAGACAAGAGGUCCUGUGCAGACAUCGAUGAGUGCGAGGACAAUCCCGAAAUCUGCGACGGGGGGCAGUGCACCAACAUCCCCGGCGAGUACCGCUGCCUCUGCUUCGACGGCUUCAUGGCRUCCCUGGACAUGAAAACCUGCAUUGAUGUGAACGAGUGCGACCUCAACCCCAACAUCUGCCUGCACGGCGAGUGCGAGAACACCAAGGGCUCCUUCAUCUGCCACUGCCAGCUGGGGUAUUUCGUCAAGAAAGGAACCACGGGGUGCACAGACAUCGACGAGUGUGAGAUUGGGGCUCACAACUGCGACAUGCACGCCUCGUGCAUCAACAUCCCCGGCAGCUUCAAGUGCAAGUGUCGCUCGGGCUGGCUCGGGGACGGGCUCAAGUGCAACGACCUGGAUGAAUGUGCCACCGAGGAGCACAAGUGCAACCUGAACGCCAACUGCGUGAACACGCCGGGCUCGUACCGCUGCGCCUGCCGCGACGGCUUCAACGGGGACGGCUUCUCCUGCUCCGGUGAGCGCGGGGUGCGGGCAGGAAUGGGGCUGGGAAAUGGGGCAAGACCCACUGAGCCAUCGGGAACGGGCUGUCCCUGUUUUGCAGACAUCGACGAGUGCACCUUCCAGAACAUCUGCGUGUUUGGCACCUGCCAGAACCUGCCCGGGAUGUUCCGCUGUGCCUGCGAUGAUGGAUACGAGCUGGACAGGAGCGGGGGCAACUGCACAGACAUCAACGAGUGUGCAGACCCCGUGAACUGCAUCAACGGGCUGUGUGUCAACACCCCGGGCAGCUACCUGUGCAACUGCCCCCAGGACUUCGAGCUGAACCCCACCGGGGUGGGCUGCGUGGAUACCCGGGUCGGGAAUUGUUUCCUGGACACUCAGGACCGAGGGGACGGGGGCAUCUCCUGCAGCGCCGAGAUCGGUGUCGGGGUCACUCGAGCCUCGUGCUGCUGCUCCCUGGGCCGAGCCUGGGGCAAUCCCUGCGAGCUCUGCCCUCCAGCCAACACCACCGAGUACAAGACCCUGUGCCCUGGGGGCGAAGGGUUCCGGCCCAAUCCCAUCACCGUCAUCCUGGAGGACAUCGACGAGUGCCAGGAGCUGCCGGGGCUGUGCCAGGGCGGGAACUGUGUCAACACCUUCGGCAGCUUCCAGUGCGAGUGUCCCCUGGGCUACUACCUCAACGAGGACACCCGCAUCUGCGAGGACAUCGACGAGUGCUCUGCCCACAUCGGCAUCUGCGGCCCCGGCACCUGCUACAACACCCUGGGCAACUACACCUGCGUGUGCCCCCCGGAGUACAUGCAGGUCAACGGGGGCAACAACUGCAUGGGUACGGCCCUGGGUCUGUGGGGAGGGUGCUCUGCCCACAUCGGCAUCUGCGGCCCCGGCACCUGCUACAACACCCUGGGCAACUACACCUGCGUGUGCCCCCCGGAGUACAUGCAGGUCAACGGGGGCAACAACUGCAUGGACAUGAGGAAGAGCGUUUGCUACCGCAACUACAACGACACGUGCGAGAACGAGCUGUCCUUCAACAUGACCAAGAAGAUGUGCUGCUGCUCCUACAACAUCGGCAAGGCCUGGAACAAACCCUGCGAGCCCUGCCCCACCCCUGCCAGCCGUGAGUGCCCUCACAGGGUCCCUGUGCCACCGUCACGGGGUCACUGUGCAACCCCUGCCAGCCGUGAGUGCCCUCACAGGGUCCCUGCCCCACCCCUGCCAGCCGUGAGUGCCCUCCCGUGGUCCCUGUGUCACCGUCACGGGGUCACUGUGCCACCCCUGCCAGCCGUGAGUGCCCUCCCAGGGUCCCUGUGCCACCCCUGACCACCCUCAUGGGGU